AUGAGCUCACCUAAUCAAGUUCCCAUCCCGGGCCCCAAGGGUGUUCCGUUCUUGGGUAAUAUCUACGACAUCGAGGCCGAGGUUCCCGUAAACAGCUUCGAGCGGUUGGCCGAGAGCUAUGGCCCCAUUUUCCGAUUGACUACAUUCGGCAGACCUCGAGUGUUUGUCAGCUCGCAUGAGCUGGUGAACGAAGUAUGUGAUGAGGAACGUUUCAGCAAAAUGGUCUCGGCCGGUUUGCAUGAGAUCCGUAACGGCGUGAACGACGGUCUGUUCACGGCCAACUACCCCGGCGAAGAGAACUGGGCGAUUGCCCACCGCGUGCUCGUUCCGGCGUUUGGCCCGCUUAUGAUCCGCGGCAUGUUCGAUGAAAUGUACGAUAUCGCUACACAGCUCGUGAUGAAGUGGGCUCGCCAGGGCCCUACCACACCUGUGAUGGUGACUGAUGACUUCACCCGUUUGACCUUGGAUACUAUUGCUCUUUGUUCAAUGGGUACCCGUUUCAACUCCUUCUACCACGACGAAAUGCAUCCCUUUGUCGAAGCUAUGGUGGGAUUGCUGGCUGGCUCUGGUAGCCGAGCCCUGAAGCCUGCUCUGCUUAACAGCCUUCCUACUACAGAGAACUCCAAAUACUGGAGUGACAUCGAGUACCUCCGAAACCUUGCUCGUGAACUAGUCGAUUCACGAAAAGAAAACCCUGUCGAGAAGAAAGAUCUUCUUAACGCGCUGAUCUUGGGCCGAGACCCCCAGACCGGUCAGGGCAUGACAGAUGAGUCGAUCGUCGACAACAUGAUUACGUUCUUGAUUGCUGGCCACGAGACGACUUCUGGCAUGUUGUCCUUCUUGUUCUACUACCUACUCAAGAGCCCCAAUGCGUACAAGAAGGCGCAAGAGGAAGUGGACCGCGUGAUCGGAAAGCGCAAGAUCACCGUCGAAGACAUGUCAAAGCUCCCAUACAUCACUGCUGUGAUGCGUGAGACGCUUCGUUUGAAGCCAACAGCACCAAUGAUUGCCUUGCACCCCAACCCCACAAAGAAUCAUGAGGAUCCCGUCACACUGGGAGGCGGAAAAUACGUCCUCAACAAAGAUGAGACUAUCGCCCUCGUUCUCACUAAGAUGCACCGUGACCCCAAGGUAUAUGGCCCCGAUGCCGACGAGUUCAAACCCGAGCGCAUGCUCGACGAAAACUUCGAGAAAUUGCCCAAGAACGCUUGGAAGCCAUUCGGAAAUGGCAUGCGUGGUUGUAUUGGACGGCCAUUCGCCUGGCAAGAGGCUCUCCUCGUGGUCGCAAUCCUGCUUCAGAACUUCAACUUCCAGAUGGACAACCCCAGCUACGACCUCCGCAUCAAGCAGACUUUGACCAUCAAGCCCAAGGACUUCCACAUGAGGGCAACGCUGAGAGAUGGUUUGGACCCAACACAACUCAGCGCGACAAUCAGCGGCUCGACCAGUGCGCCCACCGAGACUGGUGCCGGUAGCAGAGAACGCAAGCCUAAGGUGGCACCUGUCGAUGGAAAGUUUAAGCCCAUGUACGUCUUCUAUGGCAGCAACACAGGAACUUGCGAGGCUUUGGCCCGGAGAUUGGCCGAUGAUGCCACUGGCUACGGAUAUGCGGCCAAGACUGGGUCUUUGGACUCGACCAUGCAGAAUCUCCCCAAGGACGGACCUGUGGUUUUCAUCUCAGCUUCGUAUGAGGGACAGCCCCCAGACAACGCCGCUCACUUUUGGGAGUGGUUCAGUGAGCUGAAAGGCAACGAGUUGGAAGGUGUCAACUAUGCCACAUUUGGCUGUGGCCACCACGACUGGUCCACGACUUUCUACCGUAUCCCAAAGGCUAUCGACGAGCUGGCGGCCCAAAAUGGAGCCAACAAGCUCUGCGAUAUCGGCCUUGCCGAUGCGGCCAACUCUGACAUGUUCACCGACUUCGAUGGCUGGGGUGAGACCUCAUUCUGGCCGGCUGUGAUGGCCAAGUUCGGUGGAGCCAGCCCUGAACAGGCGGCCAAGCCUAAAUCCUCUUUGCAAGUUGAAGUCAGCUCGGGCAUGCGUGCUUCCACCCUUGGGCUCCAGCUCGAAGAAGGAUUUGUCCUCGAGAACACGCUCCUCACACCCCCCGAGGCCCCGGCCAAGCGAGUCGUCAAGUUCAAGCUGCCCACCGACAUGACAUACCAGUGUGGUGACUACCUUGCCGUCCUACCCGUAAACCCAAGCUCCGUGGUCCGCCGCGCAAUCCGUAGAUUCGACCUUCCCUGGGAUGCCGUUCUCCGCGUCCAGAAGCCUCCUGGCUCGAGCUCCUCACCUUCCAUUCCCAUCGACACCCCGAUCUCCGCCUUCGAACUCCUAUCCACCUACAUCGAGCUCUCCCAGCCCGCAUCGAAGCGUGAUCUGAACGUCCUCGCCGACGCAGCCAUCGCUGACCCCGAGACCCAGGCCGAGCUGCGCUACCUCGCCUCCAGCCCAAGCCGCUUCACCGCUGAAAUCGUCAAGAAGCGCGUCAGCCCCUUAGACAUCCUCACUCGCUACCCUGAGAUCAAGCUCCCCAUCGGCGACUUCCUCGCCAUGCUCCCCCCAAUGCGUGUGCGCCAAUACUCCAUUUCCUCAUCCCCUCUCGUCGACCCAUCCGAAUGCACAAUCACAUUCGGUGUCCUCAGCGCACCCGCACUCGCCGCCGCCAACUCCGAAAACGCCGAGCAGUACCUCGGCGUGGCAUCGAACUAUCUCUCCGAACUCCAAGUCGGCGAGCGUGCCCAUAUUACUGUCCGCCCUUCCCCCUCCGGCUUCAAACCCCCCGUGGACCUCGAUACUCCCAUGAUCAUGGCUUGCGCAGGUAGCGGCCUGGCACCCUUCCGCGGUUUCGUCAUGGAUCGGGCCGAAAAGAUCCGUGGCCGUCGCACAUCCCCUGACUCAGACGAGCUGCACGGGUCCGAAGUCGUCAAGCCCGCCAAGGCAGUUUUGUACAUUGGUUGCCGGACCCAGGGCCAGGAUGAUAUCCACGCCGCCGAAUUGGCGGAGUGGGCCAAGCUUGGUGCUGUCGAUGUUCGAUGGGCUUUCAGUCGCCCUGCCGAGGGACAAAAGCAGCAUGUGCAAGAUGCUAUGCUCGAAGACCGCGAGGAGCUGGUGAAGCUCUUCGAGGAGGGCGCUAACAUCUACGUCUGCGGAAGUACCGGCGUUGGUACUGGCGUUCGCGAGGCUUGCAAGAAGAUGUACAUUGAGAAGCGCCGUGCGAAGCACUCCGAGCUCAAGGCGAAGGGAGAGACACCUGAGGGUGCUGACCUUGAUGAGAACGAGGCUGCUGAUCAGUUCUUUGAUAAGCUCCGUACCAAGGAGCGGUAUGCUACUGAUGUGUUUGCCUAG